AUGCUUUCUCAAUCCCACCGCAUCUUAUUUACGCAUGGUGAUAUCCGGCCUCAGAAUGUUAUGGUGAAAGAUGGACAUGUGGUCGCCAUUAUAGACUGGGAGCGAAGUGGUUGGUAUCCAGAAUACUGGGAAUUCGCAAAGGCACUACUUGUAUGGGGCUGGCAGAGUGAUUGGACAGACUAUCUGUUGCAAAUCCUUCAACCGUAUCACGCUGAAUUCUUCAUACACUCUUUUUUGAUGGAAAAGCUAUUGAUUUAG